AUGGCAUCAACAAAAAAUAUUAAUAGAACGACUUUGGCCCGCAAAAUGCUUCAACUAUAUUUCGAGGGGGAUGCAUCUUUUGAGAAUUUUGUUGCGAAAGAUUUAAUAAUAACGAAUGCGACUGAUGGAAUGUUAGCAUCAUUGGUCGAUGCUUGUGGAUCGCUAGCUAUAUCAACUAAAGGAGCGCAGCUUAGUCGUCUUAGUACGGAUUUAAAUAUUUCAUAUAUCGCAUCAGCGGGAUGUGGUGAUACUUUACUUGUGAAUGCAGAAUGUGUAAACCUUGGUAAAGCAUUCGCAUUUGCCACUGUAGAGGUGCAUAAUAAAGCUGAUGGAAGGUUAAUAGCUCAAGGUAGUCACACUAUGUUAAUGGUUAAUUUUCAUUAUGAUGCUGAAAAUGAUGAAAUCGCAAAGUU